CGCAACAAAUUAAAGUCGUCGCCAUUUUCCCGUCCAGCUACAACCGAUCCCAUCCAUGAGCACACACGGUGCUGAUUGCUGAAGUACGGUACGACAGUACCUUCCGGCGAUCACCUCUGUAAGCUAUAGCCGUCGUCAACCCAUCAUCACAUUCUCUCCAAUGGAGCUACCAGCAUGGGCAUCCGUCCUUGCCGUGGUGCUCGCCACGGUCCUGUUCCUCCGAGCCGUCUCCGGACGCAGGCGCCGGCCGUGCAGCAGCCUGCCGGGCCCCAAGCCGUGGCCGGUGAUCGGCAACUUCAACCUCCUCGGCGCGCUCCCGCACCGCUCCCUGGACGCGCUGGCAAAGCGCCACGGCCCGCUGAUGCGCGUGCAGUUCGGCUCCUUCCCCGUCGUCAUCGCGUCGUCCGUGGACAUGGCCAAGUUCUUCCUCAAGACCCACGACUCGGCGUUCAUCGACCGGCCCAAGAUGGCGGCGGGCAAGUACACCACCUACAACUACUCCAACAUCGCCUGGUCCCCGUACGGCGCCUACUGGCGGCAGGCGCGCAAGAUCUGCGCCGACGAGCUCUUCAGCGCGAGGCGGCUCGAGUCCUCCGAGCACGUCCGCAGGGAGGAGGUGCGCGCGCUGCUGCGCGACCUGCACGGGGCGGCCGGGCAGGUCGUGCCGCUCAAGGAGCGACUGUCCACGAUGAGCCUGAACAUGAUCGCCCGCAUGGUCCUGGGCCGGAAGGCCGUGGACAGGGAGGUGGUCGCCAGCGGCGGGGGAUCCGUGACAACGUGGAAGGAGUUCAGGUGGAUGCUCGACGAGCUGUUCUUGCUCAACGGCGUGCUCAACAUCGGGGACUGGAUCCCCUGGCUGUCGUGGCUGGACCUGCAGGGGUACGUCAGGAGGAUGAAGAGGGUGGGCAAGAUGUUCGAUCGGUUCAUGGAGAACGUGGUGGAGGAGCACAACGAACGGCGGCGGCGCGAGGGGGACGCGUUCGUGGCCAAGGACAUGGUCGACAGGCUGCUUCAGCUUGCCGACGAUCCCAACCUCGAGGUGAAAUUCACCAGGGACAGCGUAAAAGCGUUCACGCAGGACCUCGUCGCCGGGGGCACCGAGAGCGCCGCAGUAAUCGUGGAGUGGGCCAUCUCAGAGCUCCUCAAGAACCCCGAGGUCUUCGCCAAGGCCACCGAGGAGCUGGACUCCGUCAUCGGCCGCGGCCGCUGGGUCACGGAGAAGGACAUGGCUCACCUCCCCUACGUCGACGCCAUCGUCAAGGAGACCAUGCGCCUGCACAUGGUCGUGCCGCUGCUCUCGCCGCGCUUGUCGCGCGAGGACACGUCCGUGGGCGGCCACGACAUCCCCGCGGGCACGCGCGUGCUCGUCAACGCGUGGAUCAUCAGCCGGGACCCCGCGCUGUGGGAGGCGCCCGAGGAGUUCAGGCCAGAGCGCUUCGUCGGGAGCAAGAUCGACGUCAAGGGCCAGGACUUUGAGAUGCUGCCGUUCGGGUCCGGCCGGCGGAUGUGCCCCGGCUACAGCCUCGGGUUGAAGGUGAUCCAGGGGACCCUCGCCAACCUGCUGCACGGGUUUGCGUGGAGGCUCCCGGAUGGCAUGACGAAGGAGGAGCUGAGCAUGGAGGAGGUCUUCGGGCUGUCCACGCCGCGCAAGUUCCCGCUCCAGGUCGUCGUCGAGCCCAAGCUUCCAGCCCACCUGUACACUGCUGCUUGAUGCACAGGCUGGACUUGCAUUUGGUUCUGUUUCUUCAAUAAUAUAUACCCAACUGGUUCUGUCAAGGCCCAUCUUGCAGAGUUUUUACCUCUACAACCGCCAUCCAAGGCCUAGCCCAGCUGGCUUUCUCGUGCUGUGCAAACUGCGAAUAUGGCCCAGCUUUUCCUCUCUCUUUUUUUUUGUGGCCCAGCCUGUCACUUUCAUCUUCUUGGGCCAGUAUCUUGAACUACAAGUUUUAAGCCAUGUGCAACAUGCCAACAACGACGUAUCCUCAUCGUUUCCCUUCCAUAUCCUGCUAUAUACUAGCUUCAUCGUCGUUCC